AUGGCGUUUCUUUCCUUCUUUUUUCUUAAUUUCUUUCAUUCUCGCUUUCUUUUCUUCUCUUUUCAUCCUUUCUUUCUUUCUUUCUUUCUUUCUUUUUUCUUCAUGUCUUUCUUUCUCGCUUUCUUUCUUCCCUUUUCAUACAUUCUUUUUUUCUUUCUUUCUUUCUUUCUUUUUUACUUCAUUUCUUUCUUUCUCGCUUUCUUUCUUCCCUUUUCAUCCAUUCUUUCUUUCUUUCUUUCUUUCUUUUUACUUCAUUUCUUUCUUUCUCGCUUUCUUUCUUCCCUUUUCAUCCAUUCUUUCUUUCUUUCUUUCUUUCUUUCUUUCUUUCUUCAUUUUUUUCUUUCUCGCUUUCUUUCUUCCCUUUUCAUCCAUUCUUUCUUUCUUUCUUUCUUUCUUUCUUUCUUUCUUUCUUUCUUUCUUUUUCUCGAUGAAAUCCGAAGAGUUACUAUAAUUGCUUAUUUUUGUUUUGAUUAUUAA